AUGUUCUUUCUUUCUUCCUUCCUUCCUUUCUUUCUUCCUUUCCUCCUUUCUUUCUUUCUUUCUUUCUUUUUUCUUUCUUUCUUCUUUCUUUCUUUCUUUCUUUCUUCCUUUUUCCUUUCUUCCUUUCUUUCUUUCUUCCUUUCUUUCUUUCUUUCUUUGUUUCUUCCUUUCUUUCUUUGUUUCUUCCUUUCUUUCUUUCUUUCUUUCUUUCUUCUUCCUUUCUUUCUUUCAUUCUUUCUUUCUUUAUUUAUUUCUUCGUUUCUUUCUAUCUUUCUUUUUUCUUUCUUUCUUUCAUUCUUUCUUUCUUCCUUUCUUUCUUUCUUUUUUUCUUUCUUUCUCCUUUUCUUUCUUUCUUUCUUUCUUUCUUUCUUCCUUUGUUUCUUUGUUUCUUCCUUUCUUCCUUUAUUUCUUUGUUUCUUCUUUUCUUUCUUUCUUUCUUUUUUCUUCCUUUCUUUCUUCCUUUCUUUCUUUCUUCCUUUCUUUAUUUCUUUCUUUUUUCUUUCUUUCUCCUUUUCUUUCUUUCUUUUUUCUAUUCUAAUAUGUCUCUUUCUGUUCUCCCUCUCUCCUGGUCCUUUUCUUUCAAUUUCUCUCCUGUUUCCGCCCCUUCUCUCUCUCUCUCUCUCUCUCUUAGUACUUUUCUCUCUUUCUCUCCUAAUACAUCUCUCUACUAAUGUCUCUUUCUAUACUAAUACCUCCCGGUUCCCCCUCUCUCACCUGAUCCAUCUGUUUCCAUUUCUCCCCUAUUUUUCCGUUUUUCUCUCUCUCUCUCUCUCUCUUAAUACAUAUCUUCCUCUCCUAAUACUUCUCUCUGUUAAUAUUUCUCUUUCUCUCCUAAUACUCCCCUUUCCCCCUCUCUCCCAUGAUUCAUCUGUUUACAUUUCUUACCUAUUUUUCUCUCUCUCUUUUUCUCUUAAUACGUCUCUAUCUUUCUUUCCUAAUACUUCCUUUUUAUCCCAUGAUCCAUCUAUUUCCAUUUCUUUCCUAUUUUCCCUUUCUCUCUCUCUCUCUCUCUCUCUCUCUGUUUCUCUCCUAAUAUUCCUAUUUUACCUUCUCUCUCACCUUAUCCAUCUGUUUUCAUUUGCCUCCUAUUUUUCCAUUUCUCUCUCUUUUUCUCUCUUAAUACUUCUCUCUCUGUCUCUCUCCUAA